AUGGAAACGGCUCUCAAGUCCUGGGUAGAGCUCGAUAACAAUAUCAAACUCAUCGAUCCAAAGCGGGAUGCUCUGUACCAGUACGAUGCAGAGGCGCAGAAGGCGGCGCAAAACGCCCGGCCGUGGAUGGUUGACCCCAGCUAUUUCAAGCAUGUACGCAUCAGCGCUGUUGCCCUGAUCAAAAUGACGAUGCAUGCCCGAUCUGGUGGCAACCUCGAAAUCAUGGGUCUGAUGCAAGGCUACACCGAAGGUGACACGUUUGUUGUGACCGACGCAUUUCGACUCCCCGUCGAGGGCACCGAGACCCGUGUCAACGCCCAGGGCGAAGCGAACGAAUAUAUUGUCGAGUAUCUGGACCUUUGCCGUGCCCAGGGCCGCCAAGAAAACGUGGUCGGAUGGUACCAUAGCCAUCCCGGCUACGGCUGCUGGCUGAGUGGUAUCGAUGUCGAUACCGAAUCCAUGCAGCAGCAGUUCCAGGACCCGUUCCUUGCUGUUGUCGUCGACCCAGAUCGCACAAUAAGCGCUGGCAAGGUCGAUAUCGGGGCGUUUCGCACAUACCCGACAAACUACAAGGCCGACUUCUCCGGGACGGAUGGAUUCCAGGCAGUACCGCUAGCCAAGGCAGCCGAAUUCGGCGCUCACUCGAGCAAAUACUACAGCCUCGAGGUAUCGCACUUUAAAAGCUCGCUCGACACACACCUACUAGAAUUAUUGUGGCACAAGUAUUGGGUGCAGACGCUCAGCCAGAACCCUCUGCUUACGAAUCGCGACUUUGCGAACAAGCAGAUGCUCGACCUCGCAUCCAAGAUUAGGGAGGCCACCGCCACUAUUAGACGUAACCGAGGGUCGCAAAUUCUAAUGGGUGGCGCUGUUGUAGCGAGCAAAUCAGGGGACAAGGCGAUGCAGAAGUUGUCGAGCGAGGCGAGCAUGAUUGCUGCAAAAGAAAAGGCUGGCUUGUUAGCUACCGGCGUCAAGGUUUCUCUUUUCAAUGAGUUGGGGGAUCAAAACAGGACGUAA